AUGGCUAAAGACCUUAUUAUUUUGGCUUACUCCGGCGGUUUAGAUACUAGCUGCAUUCUAAAAUGGUUGAUACAAAAGAAUUACGAUGUCGUCUGCUAUAUGGCGGAUAUAGGCCAAGAUGAAAACUUUGGUGAAGCAAAAAAGAAGGCUCUGGGUAUCGGUGCUAAAGAUGUAAUUAUUGAGGAUCUACGUAGUGAAUUUGUGACUAAUUAUAUGCUCCCGGCCGUCCAAAUGGGUUUGGUAUACGAAAGCCGCUACUAUCUUGGUACUUCCUUAGCCCGUCCGUGUAUCUCUGUUGGAAUUGUAAACGCCGCUAAGAAGUUGGGAGCAAAAUACAUUUCACACGGGGCGACGGGCAAGGGUAACGAUCAAGUGAGAUUUGAAUUAAGUGUUUAUUCACUUUGGCCUGAUGGCAAAGUGAUUGCACCAUGGCGACUUCCGGAAUUCUUUAACAGAUUCCAAGGAAGAAGCGACUUACUUGAAUAUGCGAAGAAGGAACAAAUUCCAGUAUCAGCUACGCCUAAAGCACCUUGGUCGACAGAUGAGAAUAUAAUGCACAUUAGCUAUGAAUCCGGAGUUUUAGAGGAUCCGGGUGCAAUCCCGCCGAAAGGAAUUUACAAAAUGACCCGGGAUCUUCAAGAAGCAGAUGAUUAUCCUACCAUCAUUGAUAUAACUUUUGAAAAAGGUUUACCGGUAACCUUAAACAUUCCAAGCGGCCACGAGAAGUCCUUAAUAAUUAGAGACCCUUUGAAGAUAGUUGAGACUCUCAACAAGCUGGGAGGGCAACAUGGCAUUGGUCGAAUAGAUAUCGUAGAAAACAGAUUUCUCGGUCUUAAGAGUAGAGGACUGUAUGAAACUCCCGCUGGAACCAUCCUUCACUUGGCUCACCUUGAUUUAGAAGCAUAUGCCUUGGAUAGGGAAGUUCUGAGACUUAAGAAGAUCCUUCAAGAUAAAAUGUCCGACUUCGUAUACAAUGGUUUCUGGUUCUCACCCGAGGCCACGUACACAAGAAAAUGCUUAGAGCUGUCGCAACAAUCCGUCACCGGUGAAGUUACUGUGCAGCUUUUUAAAGGCAAUGUAACUAUUUCCGCGCGAAAAAGUCCCACUAGUCUCUACAAUAAGGAUCUUGUGUCUAUGGAUAUUGCUGGAGGAUUUUCACCAGAGGAUAGUACCGGUUUUAUUAAUAUAAAUGCUAUUCGUCUGAAAGAGUUUUCUCGUUAUUCCAACAACACUAAAUAA